AUCGCAGACAGAAACCCCAGCGCACCGCACGCGGGAGGUAUUGUCCGUCAUCCCGGGCUUUGUUACGUUGUCAUCUUCUCACCCGGCUACUGGCGCUUACUGGCCGCUGCAGCCCGGAGAAGGGGUGUCAGCUGCUGCAGCCGUCGCCGCCGCCAUGGUGUCCCCGGUCACCGUGGUGAAGAGUGAGGGACCCAAGCUGGUGCCCUUCUUCAAGGCCACCUGCGUGUAUUUUGUGCUCUGGCUGCCCGCAUCCAGCCCAUCGUGGGUCAGCGCCCUCAUCAAGUGCCUGCCCAUCUUCUGCCUCUGGCUCUUCCUUCUGGCCCACGGCCUAGGAUUCCUGCUGGCCCACCCCAGUGCCACCCGAAUCUUUGUGGGGCUCGUCUUCUCCGCCCUAGGUGAUGCCUUCCUCAUCUGGCAGGACCAGGGCUACUUUGAAUACGGUCUACUGAUGUUUGCUGUGACCCACAUGCUCUACGCCUCAGCCUUUGGCAUGCGGCCACUGGCUCUUCGGACAGGUGUGGUGAUGGCAGUGCUGUCGGGCCUGUCCUAUGCCUUCCUCUACCCAGGCCUUUCGGGUGCCUUCACCUACCUGGUGGGGGUCUACGUGGCCAUUAUCAGCUUCAUGGGCUGGCGGGCGAUAGCAGGGCUACGGCUGGUUGGGGCAGCCUGGCGCUGGACUGAGCUGGCGGCGGGCAGUGGUGCACUGCUCUUUAUCAUCUCAGACCUGACCAUCGCCCUCAAUAAGUUCUGCUUCCCCGUGCCCUACUCGCGGGCACUCAUCAUGUCCACUUACUAUGCCGCCCAGAUGCUCAUUGCCCUGUCAGCUGUUGAGAGCCGGGAUCCAGGGGAAGACUACAGAUUGAGCAAGGCCAACUGAGGGGCUGGUGUCUGGUCACCCCUCUCUCCUCCUGGGACUGGGGUCCAGAACCUGGCAAACGGCAAAAGCUAUACCGAUGGUUGCAGUACCAGCCUGGGGCAGUAGGUACCACCUGGAAAAUGUACAAGUUUGAGGGGGUGAGCGGGAAAGGAUCUCUCUAGCAAAGCUAGUAGUCCAGGACAAUGCGGAGAGCUAAAAUGAGCUAAAGGAAUGCCCCACGCUGGAGCCCGAAGUAGACAUCUCCCCACCUCUGCCCCAGCGGGACUGUCAGAGCUCCUCUGGAGGGCGACGGUGCUUGGCUUCUUGGCCUCUCCCUACUUCUACUAGAUGGAAGAGUCUGACUGACCCACUCCCACUCUUUCUGCUCUAUGUAGAAUUGAAGGGGAGAGGAGAAAUCAGUGCCAAGGCUUGACGCCCCUCUCGUAGGCCCCUAGUUGGGAAGAUUAGAUGAGGGUGGACAGGCUCCCUUUCCCUUAUCUAUCCUUGUUACUUGAACAAUCUCAAUCUCUAGGUGGUAGGUGAGAAGGUGAAGGGGUAUGUGUCCAGGUAGGCAAGAGAGGGGCUGGGAGCUUGAGCUAUUAAGUAUUCAAGUUGGUCCCAUCUCUCUCAAAGGCCAGCCCGGAGCUCAGGCCCCACGUCGCCACUCUGAGACUCUGUCCCCAGGGCUAGGGUGAACCAUGCCAAAGGAAGAGGCCAGCCUGUGUGUGUGUGUGUGUGUGUGUAAGUCUGUGUGUGUGCAAUUUGUCUCCCAGCCUGUCUUUCUCUGCCAUCUGUCUUCGUUCUGCUGUUUGUUAAAGUCUUAUAGGGAGAGGCCUCAGGGAGCUGCUGAAGGGGUGCUGAGCCUGGCUCAGAGAGCUGGGAGCUCCCCUCCCCCUUAAUGCUUUCCUCCAUGAUACUCCUGCACUGCAAGCAAGAAGAGGGGGCUCCAAAGACACUCUAGGGUCCUAAGACCCGAGGCACAUUCAAUGCAAGAGGAGCAAGGAUUGGACAACUCCAUCCUUUAUUGCUCAUGUGAAAAAACAAUAAAAACCAUGGGCUGUUG